AUGAAGACUUCGUUCAUUCUGCUUCUAUUUCUGAAUCUCUUUGAACUGCACUCUGGUCUUUUUAGAAAACACUACUAUGUGAAUGACCAUAAGAAGUGGGACGAUGCAAAGAAGCACUGCAGAGGUCACUACGAUGACCUGUCCACUGUCAGCCGUCCAGAUCUACAAACACUCUCUACUAAUCCGGCCCUUACAAAUACUAAAUAUUCAAUUGGACUUUAUGCAGAUAAAAACAAAAAAAUCUGGAAGUGGUCUGAAGGCGGGACGGCAACUAUUAAUUACUGGCACAAUGGACAACCAAAACCUGAUAAAAAGAAAUGCGGUUAUGUCGAAUCAGGUGAUUCUAAAGUGCGUGAUAAUGAUUGCUCUUGGAGUAUACCAUUUUACUGUAUGAAGGUCUAUGAGUUGGUCCUGGUGAAACAGGAAAGCACAUGGGAAGAGGCUCUGGACUACUGCAGACAAAACUACCUUGAUCUGGCAAUUCUAUAUUCUGAUGUUGUGAUGACAGAAGCAAAGAAUAACAGCACAAAUGCCCAGACAGAUGAACUGUGGACUGGUCUGCGGUUUUUAUCAGGCCGUUGGCUUUGGGUUAAUGGAGAGAAUCUUCAAUAUAAGCACUGGUCUGGGGGGCAAGAGCUCCAGUGUCCUGCCAUGAAUCAGCGCUGUGGAGUUUAUCAUAGACGAGAGAUGGCCUGGAAACCUGAAGAUUGUGAGAAGAAGCUCAACUUUCUCUGUGUGAAGAGGAAACAUUAA